AUGUAUGUGUUUUCAAGACUCGUCUUUAUCACUGGCGGCAACACCGGCAUCGGAUUCGAGACGGUCAAGGCGCUCAUCCAGUCAACAAAAGAACAAUACCACAUCUUUGUUGGCGGUCGCACACAGGCCAAGGCAUUGGCCGCCAUGGACCAGUUGAAGGGCAUGCUGGCGCCGUCAAGCUCGACUGCUGAGGCCAUACAGAUCGACGUGACGGAUGACGAGUCGAUUGAGAAGGCAUUCAACUAUGUCAAGGAUAGAUUUGGAUGGCUUGACAUCCUGAUCAACAAUGCUGGCGCUCUCUUCGACACCACCUUCAGCAAAGACGCAUCCAACUUCAGGGCAGUCUUCAAUAAGGCGUACGACGUCAACGUUGCGGGCGCCCAAGUUGUUACUGGCCUCUUCGCCUCUUUGCUCAUCAGGUCCCCCCGUGCGCGGCUCAUAUUUCUCAGCUCGAGCAAUGCGAGUCUCGGCGGGGCGUUUGAGGAUUGCGAUUCAGCCAGGACAGGAGAACGGCAAGACGGCUGGCCCAAAGAUGGACUCAUCACGCACCAAGGAUAUAGGUGUUCCAAGGCGGCAGUCAACAUGUGCAUGUUGACUUGGUACCAGGUGUUGAAGGACGAUGGCGUCAAGACGUUUGCCGUCAAUCCCGGGCUGUCGGCGACGCACCUGGGCGGGAGCACCCCUCGAAAGAUGAAGAAGCUGGGCGCUGUAGAUGCGGCGCGGGCUGGCGACCUUGUGCGGAGCGUGGUCGAGGGCGAGAGGGAUGCCGACGUUGGCAGAGUCGUGACCUGGGACGGAGCCCAAGACUGGUGA